UCUUCUCGAGUGGUCAUUUCUUUUGCAAGUGUUAAAUAAAUCAAACGAAAAAGUAAGAAAAUGAGUUCCGAAGGAUUUAAUAAGUUUUCAAGUGUAUCAAAAAUUUUAUUCUCUGAUCGUGGAGAUAAUGCAAUCAAUUUGGCUGUUGAUGCUUUUGUUCAAAUGAUGUUGCAAAGAAAAUCUGUGACUGAGUUAAUCGAACUCUUGCAUUCCAAGCAAAAUUGUGAACUAUAUAACGACAUUCUAAAGACAUUAAAGGAACUAGUGAAGAAAGGUGUAAAAUUACCACCAAGUGAAAAAAAGAAAUUCAUAAUGAGCAUUAGGAACUUUACUGAUGAUGCUCUGAGUGAACAAGCUUAUGAAAUUCUUUCUAAUGAAGAGGCUAUCGAUGAUAGUAGUGAACCUGCCCCCAAGAGGCGCAAAAUUGAUCAGGAUGCCACAGCAAAUCAUGAUAUAAAAGUGCCAAUGGAUGCUUAUGCCGAAGAUAAAGAUGAUGAUCAAUCAAACGGUCAAUUGCAUAUACAAAGUGGUGUAGGAAGACAAUCAAAUGUAUCAGAUGAUUUGGUUAUUCAUGAUGAUUCGGCCAAUAUGGUUAAAAUUCUCAACAAAUCGCGAAAUUAUAGCGAAUUUUUCAAAAUCACACAGCUUAUUAUCAAUUUCCGUUUGAACAAACCAAAAGACACAUCAAUUGAAAAAUGGAUGGAAAACGGAUUUGAUGCUGUCAUUGAGGAAAUUCGGAAGGACUCCAAAUCAAAUGCCGACCGUGUGAUCCUUAAGAUAUUCGUAACAGAAGAACCCACUGAAAAGGCCAUUUAUAUAGGAAUGAGACCCCUGGAUGCACUCACCUCUCACAUAAUUCUCGAAUAUAUGGAAAAGGUAAGUGUAUAAAAAAGAUGAUUAAAAUCUGAUGAAAUUUUCAUAUGUACAAUGAUUACAAUAUUAACUGUUUAUGUACUUCAGGUCCAUCAGAGUACCGAACUGUUUCACUCAUCCGAGGUCCUACAAGUGAGAGCAUACUUGUUUCACCCUAUGGAGGGGCGAGGGAGACAACAUAAUCCUGCAGGAAUGGGAAUUGAUGAUAUUGGUUAUUUCAAACAAAAGAGUAUCAUCGACAUCAACAUCGGAGAGAGUUGCCUUCCAAUAUCUUUAAUAAUUGGUAAGUGCCUUUUACUUGAUGGGUCUGAAGCUGAUGCAAAAAUUUUAAACUACAAGAGAUCAAAGGGUACCUUAAAACUUGAUGCACGUAGAUUUGUCCUUGAUCACGGUAUGAAAAUCUCUUCAGAUGGAACGUAUAACUUAGAACUUAUACAUAAAUUUGUUAAAAAAGUAUCAUAUCUGUAUAGAGUAGUAAUUUACAAUGAUUUACAUAAUUUCAAAAGUAUUCUACUAUCUACCAAGAAAACUUCUGAGAACCAAAAUCAAACAAUUAAUUUAUUUUACUUUGAGGAUCAAACUAAAAAUGUGAA